CCGGCGUCUCGCCGUUAUAUAAGCGCGUAGCCCACACCGCCAGACCUCACAAACACAUCAAACAAGCAACAUAUUCUCGAGAGAUUCUGAGUGGAUCAUUCUUAUCCACUCAGGGAAGAAACUGCUUGGUGAAUUCGCUGGUGCCGUGUGAUCAAAGCUCGGGAGUCGGAAUGGAGCUGGAGAUGGCGAGCCAGCACGGUGCCUUGCUGAAGGUGGGGCUGUUCGUGCUGGUGCAGGCGCUGGUGUACCUCAUCCUCGCCCAGUCCUCCUCCGUCUUCUCCACCACCAAGACCCUCUGCCCUCCCCCGGCGCGCUCCCACAGCGCCCGCCGCAUGGUCGCGCUGCUCUCCGACCUGCCGCUCGGCGGCGAGCCCUCGCCCCGCGCCGGCAUCGUGGAGCCGUCGUCGCCCGUGGCCCUGGCCGCCCACGCCCACCAGAAGGAGGAUUAGUUGACCGGACCACGAUGAUUCGCGGCGCGGACAAGGAUCGAGCUGGGGGAGGCAGCUAUAGAGCGAGCAUAUGUCUGCCGAGCUAGCACCUAGCAGUUGGUGCCUGCCGUAGGAGUUCGCUAGCUAUUCACGCCAUUCUUUGGUGGCCCUUUGAUUAGUUGGAUGGUUCUUUUGAGAUUUCAUAGUAUGUAAACUACGUGCCGUUUUGGGUUGUACAAAUGACCAUCUAAGAUUGUGUUUUGGUUACAGUGAGGUUGUGCUUGUGUUU